GGAAGAUAUAUUUUCGAAAAAGGGACGGUAACUCUGCCCUCGACAACGUGUCUCAUAAUUGCAUUCUAUUGCUAUUAAGUUUUUGUAAUGAGAUAAAAAACUAUUAUGAGCCUUUUAAUUAACAGGACAUAGCUUAUAUAAGGUUUUUUUUCGACUUGUCUAAAUUCGUUUUGUUUUGAAAUAUAUUUUACUGGCUCUCUGUUUACUCUUAGCAAAAUGUCCGUAUUGACAAGCACAACAGGUGUAACAUCCAUUUUAAAGACGUUUUCUGGUGAAGAACGCCAUCGAGCCAAAACAGUGGCUGCUAACAAAGUUAGAUUUUCCACUCCUAAAGAGAAAGGCCUCGCAGAAUCCGUGCGCGUGGCUGUAGAGGAAGGAAAUUUUUAUUUGGUGAAGGAGUUCACCUUUUUUCUGUGGGAAGCAGAACUUGACGAUGACGAAGUAGUGUUAAUAUUAAAAGAUGCUAAAAGAAUUGUUCACAAUUUGACAUUAGAUUUUGUUAACGUUGUCGAGGCUUUGCUGUCUCUCAACUGGAAGACCCGCACUCCCGAGAUAAUCGAAGCUUAUACUGAGUUUUGGAUUGACAUAAUGGUGGCUCACAAUAGAUAUUUACCCAUAGGAGUAUCUAAAUUAAUUAACCACUGGAUUCCGGGUGACUUGGACGCAUCAGACUGGGUCAAUGGAUGCCCUUUGGAAUGUACUCGCUGUCAAUUAAAACCCACUCAUGAUGUACUUAAUCGUAUUUUAACUGCUGUGCCUAUGGCUUUUGAUGUAGUCAUGGAUGUCAUUUCCACUAAAUUUCCAUAUUUUAAAAAGCCAGCUCAUGUUACCGCGGGAUAUCUUUUUAAUGUGCUCUGGCUUAUCGAGUACAAGCCCAUAUUUGAGGAACUGAUCUUGCAGUUGGUUUUGCAAAAACUUUUAGUAUUAGACGUUAACGCCCCACGAGAUCAAAUCGACGUGGAAACAGAUGAUGCAGAUGACAAAUUGGAAGCUGAUAGAAUGUUUCAAAUCGACGAUGUAUCGGGGGACAAUUUAAUUAAUGCCGGACAGACGGUGAAACAUCCAGUCGGCCAAACCUUAGAUAUAUGUCUCCUCAUGCUUUAUAAGUUCAUUGAUAGCAAAUGUCGCAUUAAUCAAAACAGCAGCGAUCAACAUCGCUGGACUGCUAAUCGCUUAUUUAAGAUGCUACUGUAUAUAUUCGACGAGGUUCUGUUACCCAGCCAUAAUACCCAUCAUGUGCAAUUUGUCUUAUUUCAUGUGACUAGUAUACGGUCGGCAUAUUCUGAGGCUUUUCUUAAUUUACUUUGGAAAAAAGCUCAAAAUCCAAAUGUGGCUGCAAUUAUUCGCCAUGCUGCGGUGGGGUAUAUGGCAAGCUUUUUAGCCCGCGGAAAGUUUUUGCCACUUAGCACUGUAGUGUUCUACUUAAAACAGUUUAGCAAGUGGAUUCAUACCUACAUAGACGAAUCGGAUGAAAAUAACCAGACUUGCUCAUUGAAGGCCAAUUUGGUCUUCUACUCUGUUUGUCAAGCAGUGUUCUAUUUAAUUGCUUUUCGUGCAACAGAUUUGACUGCCAGUUCAAAAGAUGUCGACUUGGUGCUACCCUGGACAGACACUCCUUCAGGAUUUGAUACAAAACACAAAUCAAAUCUGCUCUUCCUUCAGUCUCUACAACUAUCCCGAAUUGCUAUGUGUCAAUUAAAUCCUUUGCGAUACUGUCUAGCUCCAGUUGCCACGGCCUUCGCUGGCGUGACGAGAACUUACCAACUGGCGUACUGUCAUACUGUUUUAGAACGCAAUGCUCGACGUAAACUAGCCACAGUUUACGGUCAUGACAAGUCAAUGCCUGAGGAGACGGCCGAAACGUUUUUUCCAUUCGAUCCUUAUUUGCUAAAGAUAUCAAAAAAGUAUAUUGAAGCCAACUAUGUGGUUUACCAGAGCAAUGAUACAGAAGACUAUGUGCAUAGUUCUGCCGAAGACCGCCUUUCUCGAAAACGUCGGGACUCUGAAAUGGUCGAAGAAGACGAAUUUAUUAUACUUGAUAAACGUCAAAAGUAUUUGGAAAUUUCUAAAAGCCAAGAUUUUGACAAGCAAUAUUAGUUCAGAUCUUCGCCGGGAAUUAACACCUAGGUCAUAUUUAACUAAGCAAGGCUUUUUUAUUCUACAAACAAUUUUUGAAUAAAAAUAAAGAUAAAAAAGUUUCUCUGACAGCCCUGGUCAUCAUUAAGUUUUAGAGUCUUCAAAUAAAUUAUUCAGAAUUUAAGUCCUUUCCAUCACUUUAUCCUUAAAACUUAAGUUUUAUCUUAAUAAAACGAUUCAAUUUC